AUGCCUUCUCCAACGAUGAAAGAAAAACACUCUUUUUGGAAACGUCAAAUUUCAUCAACCGCCGAUACACCUCAAAACAGGGGAAGAGAUGAAGGAGGUGGACAAGGAGCUGUAACUCAAAUUAUUGCUCAGCAAUACCCCUCCUAUAAUCCAAAUAAUGCAACCUCUCCUGCAACAGUAAUUACCGAUACACAAAACGAUCAAGAAGCACAAAGACUCAAUAACAAAAAUAUGAAAGCCAUAGUAACCGCUUGCUUGGUAGUUGUUUCAAUCCUUUUGGUGCUUUUUAUUCUUUAUCUGUUCUGGAGAACGUAUAAACGCAAAAGGAGAGAAAAGAAACGCAAAGAAUUGAUAGAAGAAGCAAAUGGCUCAGAACCAGGUCGACAUGUUAUUCAGCCACCACCUCCUGUCCUCACAGUUCGGAUCGAGAGUGAUUCAAGUAUAUCCAAAGCAACAUUGAACAGUUCGCAUGGUCCUUCAAUGUCUACUUUGCACGAAACAAGUCCUAUCAGCAAGCCACAUUCGGUGCCCUUUUCUCAUUUGAACGAAAGUUCUUCUAGCUCUUCGUUUCGUGCAGCUCGCAAUCAAGUACAAUCGCGGCCAUCCGGCUUGAGCUUGAACACAACAGCAUCCAUGUUAACAGGAUCAGAACGACACGAUACAUGUUCAACCCCAAUGACAUCACCAAAUUAUGAUGAAAAUGCGUAUAGGCUCAGUAGAGCAUUACAAAGUUCACCCGUGGUGAGCGCAUUAUUAUAUGAAUCAUUUGAUACCCAGGCAGUACGCAAGAAUGGUAAGCAAAAAGAGGGCGAACGAUCAUUUGAUUGGACACAAUGCGAAUUUGAAAAAGAAGAAGAAGCGGCAAUGUGGUUACCCGAACUAAAAACUGAGUUCUCUCAAGUGUCAUACCAUAAUCGAACAAUAUCUGAACCAGCCCAAAUCGGUAUUGCUGCCGACAGAAGAGGAGAUUCUAACGAUACAAACUCACCCAUCAGUCCAAAAACAACUCUUGAGCAAUUGGCAUCAUCGACGCCCACUUCUGCAACUUCUACUCAUUUUGCCAGAAGUCCUAGUCUGGUAAUUGUGCCGUAUUCACCUCGCUCUGCCACUCUUUCGAGACAUGCCACAAACAAAGCUUCAGACCCUUCUCAUUCAAGAAACUUUGUAGUCAUGUCAAGACAGAGACCUUCAAGUGCUGGAGUUCUGUCAACCACAUUUGAAACUACACGACCUCAACAUCUUCGGACGGUUUCAUCCGUUGUUUCGGACAGCGAAUGCAGUACAGAAUCUCUAAGAAGGGCGGGAGCAUUGGCAAUACGGAAUAGCGUCUCAUCAUUAAAGAUGGGUGAUUCGAACUCUCUCAGCUCUCCAAUAUCAACAAAAGGUCGUCAUAAAGAUUCACAAUAUCCACCAAGCGCAUCAAGAUCAACAACAACGAACAAAAGACUCAAGAAACCAAGCAGUAGUGGAAGCGGGAGUGGAAAAAGUGACAAUAUUGAAUUGUUUAAGAUGAAUUAUGGUUUCGAGGCGGUUGCAACUUAAAAGAC